AAGGAGCUAGCGCCGCUAGCGAAAGGAGUCUACAAUUUGCUCUUCAGGAGAACAUCUACUUUUGCCAUUACCAUCAUGUUCAGAGCAGUGUUUUUUGAACGAAUAUUUGACCAAGGAGGAGAUGCCAUAUUCGAGCAAUUGAAUCGGGGGAAACUCUGGAAACACAUUAAAUACCAAAACGAGGAGGAAUAGAGAAGUUGCGGCAGAAAGGAAGCAAACGCCACACUUCAAUUUCCAUCCCUGAGUCGGUCUACGUGAACCAUCACCUGCAUUGACCUGUCACUGCGAGGCUGAUUGCUCGCUAUCAGAAACUCCAUUUAGUUUAAAAAAGACUGGUCAAAACAUGGAAGUGUUUCAACCUGACCUUGCAUACUGUGAUCUCUUCUCCCUCACCAUUUGUAAAUGUACUGAUACUUUAAAACUGUUAAUAAAUUCAACGUAAACAUGUUUUGAUUUGUAGAAUCAGAUAAGUAGCUAGCUAGCCAUCGACUGUACCUGACAUUUGUCUCUUGUUAGAUAUUGAACACUGUUACCCCACCACAUCUACAAUUGUAAUAUUAGCAUUACAUUGUAGAAGAUAACAAGAUGUCUAGUUAAUAACCACUUUAGUACAGUGCUGUAGAGUUCUGUCGUGGAGAUUGUUUUGCAUUUCACAUCAACUUGGGACUGGGGCAGUAAUAUUUGGGCCAUUUUUAUUUAUUAGGAUCCCAUAACUGGUAAUGAGACCUGAUUGUGUUGCCAUUAGGUAUGUGUAUGACUAUGGACUUAUUGGAUAGUGUUAUUUAUGGAUGCUGUGAGAAGCAUGCAAACUUUAUAAACAGCAUCUAUCCACAAGUCAAAGAAAGCUCAAGUCCAAUACAGGUCAAAGGUCAACAGCACUGGGUUUAUCCUUCAGUUAGUCAUAGAAGAAACACAGGCCUAUUCUUAAUUAGAUUUGCUCAACUCCUGUGUCCUCUCUAGCCUCCUUUUGAACAGGUCAAAGGUAGUCAAGGCGAGGCCGUGAGAAGAAAGUGGACACAUCCGCUUGUAUGAAAUGACUCCAAUUGCGCGUCAUCAGGAAAAUGACUGUUACAGGGUGGAAUCCCAAAAUAAAUGUAUGAAGUGAUCAAAACUAAUGUAUCUAGUUGUGCAAUACAUUGAAUAACGGGUUAAGUAGCAUAUUUUUAUUAAAUGUUUGCAUGCUUGUUAAUGGGAUUUAUCUGUUAAUUGAAUGAUUAGAAUAUUCCACCCUGAAACAUAUAAUUGUAUGGAAUUGAUUAGACUGUAUAAAAUCAUAAUAAAUGUGUAGUCCUAGUCAGAAUUAGGGUAAAACAAUAUAGCUAAUGUUUAUGUCUUUAUGGUAUUUUAAUCACAGACUGUCUGAGCAAAAUUCGGCGCCGACCUGACUAGAGAUUUGGGAGAGAACGGGGAGUACGUCUCAAGGUCUCCCUAAUCUCUGUCGGCUGGGUAGUGAGACAGUAUGUGCGUAGGAUAUCUUCUGUUUGUGUGAAUGUGUGCGUAGCAGGACAUUGUGUGCGAAUGUUAGUGUGAAUGUGUGUGCGUAUGGUUGUGUGGAUGUGUGUGCAUGAGAAGCCAGUAUAAAAUUAAUUGUUUUGUAUUCUUGACUUUAGAAUGUUCCUGUGAAUAAACCUUAUUGACUAUUUUA